GGGUGUGCGCUUGACUUUCACCCACAUGUGGACAAAUUCGCAUCAGUCUAGAAACCACAGUGUGGAUGAUUGUUGAUCUGAGCUGCUGUGCAUUUCUGCUGAACGAUGCUUGACCAGGUGGUGUGGGUUGCUGCUGUUACAGUGCUUGGAGUUCUGGAGCAAGCAUACUUCUCCCUGCAGGUGAUUAAAGCUCGACGGAAAUACUCCAUCUCUCCUCCGGCUACCUCGGGACACCCUGAUUUUGAGAGGGUCUUCAGAGCACAAGCAAACUGUUCUGAAUAUUUUCCCUUAUUCGUGAUCACACUUUGGUUGGCUGGACUUUUCUUUAGCCAAGCUUUGUCUGCUUUUCUUGGGGUCCUGUACAUUUGUGGACGAUAUCAGUACUUCCAUGGAUAUGCCGCAUCUGCACAGGGAAGACUGGCCCCUCUGUACUUUGCAGCGAAGGUGCAGUGGGGGAUAAUCGCCCUAUCGGUUCUUGGCGUGCUCUGCAAUUUGAGCCACCUGUAUCUGGGUGUGGAUCUGUUCGGCUCUCUGUUUGAGGUGCUCGGCCUGAAUCACCUCGAGUGAAAGCAAGAGCCAGAAAAUACAUCCCACCAUUGCACUCUAAUCAAAGCCUGUUCUCAGCCAAGUUUAGCGUUAAUAGGCUGAGUGCACUGAUACGAUGAUUCUAAACUUUAAACAUUUUCUGUUUUGUGUAUUAGAAUUUAUUGUGAGAGAAAUUUAAUAAAGAGUUUAACAUGCA